UAACUGCAGAGUCAAAGAAUCAACAUGGAACUGCUCUCAGGCUUGUCGGCUCCUGUAAAAGAUCUGGAUGGUCACACUGGCCUGGCAUCCUGGAAAUGGUGGUCUUCAUUAAUGCAAAGAUCAAGUCCUUAAUUAAACUUUUUAAGAAGAAAACUGUUUCCAACCUAGACGAGGAGAGUCGAUGGACAGUGCACUAUACUGCUCCGUGGCACCAGCAGGAGAAUGUGUUCCUUCCCAGCACCAGACCGCCCUGUGUCGAGGACCUGCACCGCCAAGCCAAGCUCAACCUCAAAUCAGUAUUGAGAGAAUGUGACAAACUGCGGCGGGAUGGCUACCGAAGCUCUCAGUACUACUCUCAGGGACCCACCUUUGCAGCCAGCUCCAGCCCACUGUGUGAUGACUACCAGGACGAGGAUGAAGACGCUGAUCAGAAGUGUUCUCUUUCUUCAUCCGAAGAGGAAAGACUUGUUUCCAUCAGGAGACCUAAAACGCCAACCUCAAGUGACUUCUCUGACCUCAAUACGCAGACGAACUGGACCAAGUCACUUCCCCUGCCAACACCAGAAGAGAAGAUGCGACAGCAAGCCCGAACAGUCCAGGCGGAUGUGGUUCCUAUUAACAUCACGGGGGAGAAUUUCGAUCGCCAGGCCAGCCUUCGGCGGUCUCUAAUAUACACAGACACUCUGGUAAGACGACCGAAGAAAGUCAAAAGGAGAAAGACUAUUACAGGCGUCCCUGACAACAUUCAGAAGGAGCUAGCAUCAGGCACUGGCCAAGAUGGUGUUGGUGGUCCCUCGGUGUACACCCCAGAGCACUACUCCACACUAGGAAGGCUCAAUAGCUAUCGAUCUGCUGGGCAGCGCUCAGAAACCAGGGACUCCAGCUGUCAGACGGAGGAUGUGAAAGUCAUACCACCAUCCAUGAGAAGAAUCAGGGCGCAGAGGGGGCAGGGCAUCGCUUCCCAGAUGAGCCACUUCUCAGGCUCGUCUGGCAACAUGUCUGUGCUGAGCGAUUCUGCAGGGGUUGUGUUCCCUUCUCGCCUCAACGACGAUGCGGGUUUCCACAGUCUUCCACGUUCUGCAGUGAGGGUGCACGUUCAGUCCCCAGAGCCAAGACUGAGUGCCCUGGGCUCUGCAGAAGAUGUGGAUGGCGCUUUCCCCUACUGGAGGGGUACGCUACAAGCAAACGAAAGCGUGGGAUGUUUGGGAGGGCCCUCAAGGAACACAGCACUUCUGAGGCCCAAAUCCCAGGAGCUGAGGCACUUUGAGAGUGAAAACAUAACCAGCCCGGCGUGUGUGGUUUCUCCUCAUGCAACCUACUCCACCAGCAUCAUCCCCAAUGCCACACUGUCCUCCUCGUCAGAGGUCAUUGCAAUUCACACUGCUCAGAGCGCUGGGCACCCAGACAGUAAAAUGACCAGCUCAUCCUCAUGCUCAAAGACAAAACCCAGAGACCACCUCAUUUCCAGGCAUGCUGUGAAGGAUGGCCAUCAGUCUCCCGGUCACUGGAAUGAGGGUCACUCGACCAUUCUUUCCCAGGCCUUAGACAGCCAUUCUCCUGGUGCACCCACACCCUUGACCCUCUGCGAUUCUGCAGUCUCUCUAAAUGCACCCGCACAGAGGGAGAAUGGGUCCCAAGCCAUGCCCUGCAAUUAUAGAAACCACCUGAACUUCCCAGCCCACUCACAGGAUGUGGACAGCAAGAAGGAGUUUAGUUAUUCAGGGGACAGAGGGCAUGGCAGCUCUGAGCCUUGGGAACACAAAGCCUCAGGUAAUGGGCGGGCAUCUCCCCUGAAGCCACAAUUGGUAACCCCAGGGUACGCCAGCCCAAGCAGUCACAUGAGCAGCUGCAGUUUGGACCAGACGUCCAACAGAGAGGAUGCUGGGUCCCUGUACUCAGAGGAGCACAAUGGCUACUACACGUGUGCACACAGCGACUCUGCAGCUGGCCCUGGGAAUGUGUGCAAUAGCGGCGAGGGCUUUGGAAACCCCAGGCACAGCGUGGUCAAUGUUUUUGAUGGAAGAGCUCCAAACACUCAUGGGGACAGGUCCCUCUGCCACGAUAAAUCCCUGUCGAGAAGCAUCUCUUUAAAGAAAGCCAAGAAGCCUCCCUUGCCACCCUCCCGAACAGACUCUCUCCGCAGGAUGCCCAAGAAGAGCGGCCAGCCUAACGGGCAGGUGCUCAACGAGAGCCUGAUCGCCACCCUCCAGCACUCGCUGCAGCUGACGCUCCCGAGCAAGGGCAGCAGCUCGCCCUCCCACAGCCCUAGCAGUGACUUCGAAGAGCCCUGGCUGCCGCGAUCUCGGAGCCAGAGCACGGUCAGCGCCGGCAGCAGCAUGACCUCGGCCACCACGCCCAACGUCUACUCCCUGUGCGGCGCCACGCCAUCGCAGAGCGACACCAGCAGCGUCAAGUCUGAGUACACCGACCCUUGGGGCUACUAUAUCGACUACACCAGCCUCCAGGAAGACUCUGGGGACGCCUCAGGGGGCGGCUCCGCCUCGGCGGGGGGGGGCCGGGCCAGCCCGCCAUGCCCUGGAGGGGCCCAGGGCCCCGAUGCCCCCGCUCUCUGGUGGUUCCACCAAACCAAAGAUCACUUCUCCGGAGAAGGCCCACAGAGUGACGUCUCCAUCCAGUGGCUAUUCCAGCCAGUCAAAUACCCCGACAGCACUCACCCCUGUGCCUGUGUUUUUAAAGUCACUGUCACCAGCGAACGGGAAAGGCAAGCCCAAGCCCAAGGUGCCAGAGAGGAAAUCCUCCCUGGUGUCCUCAGUGUCCAUGUCCUCCUCGUCCACUUCCCUUUCCUCCAACACUUCUGCUGAAGGAAGCGGCACGGUGAAGAAGCUGGAGCCCUCUGUGGCCUUGCCCGUGGCCCCCUCAUCUCCUUGCCCUGAAGACAAGUCUUUCCCACCUCCACCCCCUCCUGCGGCAGAGUGCCCGGAGGGUCCUCUGCCUCCCUCCCCCCUCUUGGAGCCCCCUCCUGCUCCCCCUCUGGACCCCAAAUUCUUGAAAGACUCCAGGCCUUCUUUCAAAAACUCUGGCCAGCCAGCGUCCUCCCGGGAGGCCUGCAGACCGCCUGCUAGCAAGGAGGAGAGCGGCCGGCCGCCCAUGCCCCUGAUAACCACCGAAGCGUUGCAGAUGGUGCAGUUGAGGCCGGUGAGAAAGAACUCAGGCGCCGAGGCAGCUCCGUUGUCUGAACCAACAGCUCAGGAGAAACGAACUCCGGUCGCUCCACAGUAUCACUUAAAGCCAUCUGCUCUCCUGAAAUCCCGAAAUAGCAUAAAUGAAAUGGAGAGUGAAAGCCAGCCUGCCUCCGUGACGAGCUCGCUUCCGACGCCUGCCAAGAGCUGGAGUCAGGGUGACCAUGACAGUGCGGCCGAGCAUGGCGGCCCCCUUGGCCGCUGCAGCCAUGGAGCUCCCGGUCCAGGGCCGAAUGCUGGGGAGGCAGAGGAUCAGCUGGUGUCCAGGGGCGCUCCGCUCCCGCUCCCGGAUUCCUCACCCAGUAGGAAGCCCCCCCCUAUCUCCAAGAAGCCCAAACUGUUUCUGGUGGUGCCACCUCCGCAAAGAGAUUUCACAGUGGAGCCCGCAGAGAGCCAGAGUGAAGCCUUCAGAGCUGCGCCCAGCCCCACGUGGGGAGAGGAAGGCUCUGUGCACAGCACAGAGGCAGACGGGUGUUCUGCAGCCAGAGCUGGCGCUCAUGCCACGGCCCUCGCCAGUUCGGUUCUUGAGGGAGGAGCUGCAGGAUCUG